AGUCCUCAUAUGCACGACUGCGACCGUCAGUGUGAUGAACGGGAUCAAACGAAAAUUGUACACAAGUCAAAAAUAGUUUCAGCCACCUGUAUCAUAAUCCUGAUGUUCACAUGUGGCUUUUGUGUGGCAUGGCAAAACAUCGAUGCAUCAGUAAAGGUCGAAAAAACCCGAAAGGGGAGGAGGAUAUAUAAUUAUAUUAUGGGUGGGAGGAGUGACAGCAACGCCAACCCAAGUGAGGGAAAAUACGGGAAAUAAACCCCUUGGCUCCGUGAGUUUUGUCUUUUUUCUUAUCUCAGGUCUUCUACUUGUACCGCCACUUUUCCGGUUGGGAUCGAGAAGGAGAGACCCUGGGAGUGGACCGGGAAGUGCGAUCUCAUUUCUCUCUGUGCCCGCAACAGUUUCAGCCAACUCCUCGUGAUGUCCGCUCCUGUUUACCCAGGCUCACCCAACCAGGCGCCCUACCCCAUGCCUCAGCCUUAUCCCUCUGGUAUGGGUGGGUAUGGAGACCCCCCUCCAGCAGGCCUGAACGUGAACUAUAAUCCAGGCCAGCCUCCUGUCAUGUAUCAGCCUGGUCCAGUUCCAGGUCCGGAGUAUGGGGGCCAUCCGGGAGCAAUCUCCCCGGCCCCAGCUGGGGUUCCCGCAAUGGUUCCCGUUGGUGUCCCACCAGGGCUCGAGUACCUCACACAGAUUGACCAGAUUCUGAUCCACCAAAAAGUUGAACUCCUGGAAGCAUUUAUCGGGUUUGAGACCAAUAACCAGUAUGACAUAAAGAACAGCCUUGGCCAAAAGAUCUACAAGGCCAAAGAGAAGAACGACUGCUGCACCAGGAACUGCUGCGGCUCGCUGCGCAGCUUCGACAUGAAGAUCAAGGACAACAUGGACAGGGAGGUCAUCCGUCUCAUACGGCCUUUCCGCUGUGUCUCCUGCUGGUGUCCCUGCUGCCUGCAAGAGCUGGAGGUCCAGGCACCGCCGGGCACCACGAUAGGCUAUGUCAAACAGGACUGGCACCCCUUCCUGCCAAAGUUUUCCAUCCAGGGAGCCAACAAAGAGACUGUUCUGAAACUGGAGGGACCCUGCUUUGCCUGCAACUGCUGUGGGGACGUCAACUUUGAGCUGAAGGGCACUGAAGGUGGCGCACCAAUCGGUCGCAUCAGCAAGCAGUGGAGCGGCCUGUUGAAAGAAGUCUUUACAGACACGGACAACUUCGGCAUCCAGUUCCCAAUGGACAUGGACGUGAAGAUGAAAGCUGUCCUCUUGGGGGCCUGCUUCCUCAUUGAUUUCAUGUUUUUCGAAAAGGUUGGGGAGGCCAACCAGCGCAGCACUGUGUUUUCAUAACAGAGGAAGAAAAAAAAGAUGAGUGGAAACCAACAGCAUGGGAGCAAGAACUUUCUCCAGUUAUGCAUACUUUGUUCAUGUACUUUGUUUUUCCAGUUAUUUCUUCAUCACAUUCUAGCCACUAUGAAGCCAUCCUUUUAUACACACAGACCAAUAUGAGCUAAUGAGCUCUAAAUCCCAGAUGCUCACCAAUGAAUGUUUUUCAAAUUUAGCCAAACUCAGCGAGUGAUACUGGCUGCCAUGUUUCCAAUCUUCCUUCCACUUAGUACAGUCUGUAGACAAUUUUCUAUUUUCAGCGAGUGAACAAAUCACCAGCUGAGAUUUGAUCUCUGCCAAAGAAGGUCAGUCUUGCCCCUCAAUGUUUGCUUCACGUAUGCCCACGUAUAGAAGUAAUCAUGGGUGUCCCCACGCAUAUUGGAAUGUGCUUUAUGCUACACUGACGUUAACAUUUCAUGUUUAUGGUGUUUAUUUGUUAUUAUCACACUCAUAAGUCUUGGUUUAUGAAGAGGUAGAUCUAGUUUAAGUGUUGUGGAUGUGUAUGCUGUAUUCAUUCUGGCAAGCUGAUCGCAGUGUUGGUCUGUCGGCCUACAAAUUACACUGUAGACUGAAGUGUUUCACCAGCUAUUGGACGGAUUUCCAUUUAUCCAUCAGGCCCAGUAGGUGAAUUGUACCGAUUCUCGUCAUCCUUGAACUUACUCUCUAACUCUCUCUCUAGCAUCGUCUUAGUAGCAGAUUUUUGCUGUGUCCAAUACUUUGAUUCAUGUCAGAUAUCUGCAGAUGUAAUGACAUUCCCAUCAGUCUCAGCUGUGCUUUGUGUAUAGUGCUAAUUAGCAAAUGUUUGCAUGCAAACAAGCAAGAUGUGAAAUCAUACAUGCUAAGCAUCUGCAUGUUUAUCUGCAAUUAACUCAAAAUUCUGCUCUGCCCAAGUAUAGCCUCAUUUAAACCAUAUGAAUUAAUGAAAGCUUUAUAUAAAACUGGAACAUAAGCCACAGUAAACAGGCCAUUAUGAUCUAGUAAACAUACAGGAAACUUGUGGUUCUCUUUGCAAGACAAGUGGGGGAAUGUUUAAUAUCUGUUAGUUGAAGUUGUGAACGCAGAAGUUGAUACAUAGUGACAGUGUUUACCAAAGUGCUUUAUCUCAGCUGCCUCUCUCUUCCUCAAAGGCCUCUGUGUCUUAAAGCCUAUUGUACACAAACUGUAGCCCAGGCUACUGUGUAAAUGCACUCAUGCUGCCUCUCUGGUUUGGCGGUUGCCAUGGAGGCUGACCCCAGAGCCGAACCUCGCCCUCCAAUUUCUCCAGAUACCGCUGCAUAUGUGCCAGUGUGAUAAUACAGGAGACAGAGAAGUAAAAUGGGAGUGAAAGUCUGACUAAAGGUGGACUAGAAAGAAAGAAGAAGAGGGAGAAAAAGAAAAGCAGAAGUGGGAGUUAAUGAACGUUAUUCUGACCUCAGAAUGACUGGAAAGCUGAACUCGUCUUGUGAAAUUUAUUUGCUCGUUUGAUCGCUGUGGUUCGGAAUGAAUAAUAAUUAAAAAGAAAAGGAGAGGUUGUUGAUGUUUGCAAAUGUUGCCCUUUGCUGUUGAAUGCAACUCUCUGUACUGUAUUAAACAAUUCUUCUUUAUUGUGAGAUAAAAUGGGUGUGGCUCCUGUGAGUUUUGGGUGCCACUCUAAUCCAAACCACAGCUUUCUGUUUGGCUGUCAGUAGCUAAAACUGUUAUGACACCUGUGCGUAUAGAGUAUGCAUACAGCAGCCUAUGUUAUUUUGCAGCACUUACUUUUAUCAUAUCAUUGAUAUCUGCAGCAUCCAUUUCCUGUUUACUCAUCGUAUCUUGUGAAUUAUUAUUAUUAUUUUUUUUUUUUACAGAAACCAUCAAAUACCUUGUAGUUAAGAAAUAAAACACCUGUCAUAUGAAGUCAUGA